UGGUAAGUGAGCAAUUGGUCAAGUUCACUUGACGAUACGGCUUUCAGAUCUGGAUCAGAGCUCUGAGGUCAGAAGGCACCCAGCCAGCAUACGGCAAUGCUUCCUUCUCUUUUUCUCUGCCGUGGUCUCUUUUUGCCUUCAAGUGCGUGGUGCUUCAACUUGUCCGAGUGGGGUCGUUUUUGCAAUUCGAAACUGGACUGGCGGAGAUCGAGGACGGGAAGUGUGUUGGUGACUGGUUUUCUAUGUCGCUCCUUCCAAUAUCGAAUUCGAAUCGACUCUUGCCGGCAGUCCAAGGCAGGCGCGAAAGGACAUGCGGCGUCGCGCGGGACGACUCAGAGGCAACUUCCAAAGUGCUCCAGUCGCAACUCGUUGAAGCUUAACCGGAUCGAGGGGACGAGCUACCUAAUUCAGGUACCGGGCCAAGUGAUGUGUCGCUCCUUUGACCGUAGUCCUUUAUGGAGAACGCCUCCCUUUGCGACAGGACAAGCUCGGAUCAAGAUGGGCGCAAUGGGCGCAAUGAAGCUUUGUCUGCGGAGGACUCUCUUCGCUGGAAUGACACCCUGGAUUGGCAAAGAACAGGAUGUAACAUGGAGGGAAGAAGAAGGGGGGGAAGAUUCGAGUCGUUGGUGCCCGGGUCCGGGUCCGUGUCGUGUCGUGUCCUGUCGUUCUCGCGAUCGAGGUAAUGUGGGCGUGGUCGUUGCCGUGGAUGUCCGUUGUUGUUCGUGUUUCCUCUUUAUCUUGCACACACUUCCACCGUGACCCUUUCUGGUGACAAUGGAAUGGUGGUGACGGGAGGGUGAGGCACUGGUCACAGCAAAGCCCCUGGUGACGACGGAUGAUAGUCUGAGGCUGAAAGGGAAAGAAGAAUGAAUAAUAAGUCGAAGGUUGU